CGGUGAGGGCGGGCCGGAAAGGCGGGCGGGGCCCGGCCCUGGCCCGGCGCUGUCCCGGCGCUCCCGAUCCCGGCCCGGCCCUGUCCCGGUGUUCCCGGUCCCGGCCCGGCCCUGUCCCGGUGUUCCUGAUCCCGGCCCGUGCCGGCGUUCCCGGCCCCGCCAUGCGCAAGUUCUUCCAGGAGAUCAAGGCCGACCUGAAGUUCAAGACGGCGGGGCCCGGGCAGAAGCUCUCGGAGCCGUCCCGGGCCCCCAGGGAGAAGCCAAAAGCCGAGGGGGCCCCGAAGCCCCGCCAGGCCCCGACGGAUGAGGCUCAGAUGGCGGCGGCCGCGGCGCUGGCCCGGCUCGAGCUGAAGCCCAAGGGAAAGGCACCUUCCUGCUCCCAGGAAUCCAUCAAGAACCAGGUGAGGAGAGAGCUGAUGGCUGAGGCAGCUGCCAGCGAGAAGGGGCUCCCUGAGGAGGAGAAGGAGCAGGAGGAAGGGGCAGCCGCUCCCUCUGUCUCUGGGGUCUAUUUUAUCUGCCCCUUGACCGGUGCCGUCGUGAGGAAAGACCAGAAGGAAAAGCACCUCCGGGAAGCCAUCCAGGCAUAUUUCUCCGUGGAUCCAGUGGCUGCUUCCAUCAUGGAGAUCCACACCUUCAACAAGGACCGGGAGAAGGUCCGGGUGGGUGUGGAGACCAUGGCCAAGUACCUGGACAACAUCUACCUCCAUCCAGAGGAGGAGAAAUACCGGAAAAUCAAACUGCAGAACAAGGUGUUUCAGGAAAGGAUAAGCUGCUUGGAAGGGGCACACAAGUUUUUCCAGGCCGUGGGAUUUGAGACAAAAACGCUGCCUGUUCCAGGACAAGACAGCCCCGAGGAGCAGUUCUACGUGCUCAGGGAGGAGGUGCUGACCAGGCUGGAGCAGCUCAAGGACUCCAAGGAGCAGUUGCUGAGCUCGGAGCCGCUCCGGGCCCGGCUGGACCGGCAGCUCCGCGUGUUCCAGCCCUCCCCACAGGCCGCCCGCUUCGAGCUGCCCGACGACUUCUACAACCUGAGCGCAGACGAGAUCCGCCGGGAACAGCGGCUGCGGACAGAGGCAGUGGAGAAGGCGUCGAUGCUGAGGACAAGAGCCAUGAGGGAGAAGGAGGAGCAGAGGGAGAUGAGGAAGUACAACUACACCCUGCUCCGGGUGCGCUUUCCCGACGGAUACAUCCUCCAAGGGACUUUUUAUGCCCGAGAAGCAGUGUCUGUGCUCUACAGCUUUGUGAGGGAAGCACUCAGAGAUGACUGGCUGCCCUUUGAGCUCCUGGGACCUGGAGGGGUCAAACUGGCUGAUGAGAACUUGGCCUUCAAUGAGUGUGGGCUGGUGCCCUCAGCCCUCCUGAGCCUGUGCUGGGACGCAGCAGUCAUGGCAGACAUCGAGGCAGCGGGAGAGGAGCAGCCCCGGAGCCCCCUGAGGCCGGAGCUCCUGGCCGGGGUGCAGACCCUCCCCUGAAAUAAAGGGCAGUGGGUUCAGCGCUGCUGGUUUUAGCCUCUUCCCUCCCUUUCCCAGCAGCUCCCAGCUGGGUGAGCUCAGGGCUGGCUGUGGGGUGGCUGUGGGGUGGCUGUGCAGAGGGGGAGCCCCGACUCUGUCCCUCCCUCGGGGGGGGUCUCACCCAGCGAGGCACUUCCUGCACUGCUCCCAGGGGGGGUCAGCACCACAUUCCAGGAGGGUGUUCCCGAGGCAGAGGGGGAGCAGGGAUUAGUGCUGCUAGGCUGGAUCACCACCCUGAGCCCGGGGGUGGGGCUGGGUUUAGGACUCAGCUUCCCCUUUGGCUUCCGUGUGCACUGUAACUCCUGCGGGAGAGAGCAGAUCGGGGGAAGGUGACACUUAGUCUGAUUAAAUGGAAUUAUUUAAAGACUCA